CCUUUGCAUUAAGCUUGAUGAGAACCAGCUUCUGACAUCGCCCUCCUUCCUUCAACUUCAAGUUCCCCUCCUUACCUCUUUUCACUUCUUUCUACUACGACCAGGCUAUUCUGAAUAAUCGAAAUCUCUUACAUUUUCGUCUCGGGCCUGUCAAACCUCUUCCGAUACAGCUUCAUUCGAGAAAAGACAGAGCUUCCUGCCUUCCGCUACAUCGAUCCCAAGACCUUGAUCUGUUCUGGUGUUUGCCAGCUGAUCAUUGACUUGCAUCUGCCCCCUGCAUACAUCCAUACUUGUUAUCGUUUUCUCGUCUUUUGAUACCCUCUGCAACACGCGGCGCCAACACGACCCCCAGCUAUGGACGCCUUUGACUUUGGGCAGCUGUCUGUCAGCGGGCGCAAGAUCAUUGUCGGUAUCGACUUUGGUACCACUUAUUCAGGAGUAGCGUGGGCUGAAACCCAACGUCCCGAUCGACGAACUGCCAUCACGACCUGGCCGAUCAGCAAAACCAUCCGCGAGGGUGAAUCUUCGGACAAAGUUCCUACCAAGCUGCGAUAUGCCGGCGACGAGGUUCAAUGGGGCUUUUCCAUCCCCGUUACUGCGCCGCAAGAUGAAGUUGUCGAGUGGUUCAAGCUCGACCUAGACCCCUCUCUCCAAAGCAUGGGUCAAGCGGUCUCCUCAGAGGCUCGAGGUGGUCGCAAUGUCGACAAGCUUGUGACGGACUACAUUUCUGCCCUAGGUGAUCAUCUCGUCUACACUCUGAAGGAGAAGCUCGGAGAGCAGGUUGUCAAUACCACCCCGCUGGAAUUUGUUGUCACAGUGCCUGCUAUCUGGUCAGACCUCGCCAAGGAUAAGACCAAGCAAGCCUGCCAAAAAGCUGCUGGUCUCAACACUGUUACCAACGCUGUUGCUCCCAUUCAUCUUGUCUCCGAGCCCGAGGCCGCUGCCAUCUAUGCAUUGCAUGGUCUAGACCCGCAUGGGCUCAAGGUCGACGACACUGUAGUGGUUGUGGAUGCUGGAGGAGGAACUGUGGACUUGAUCUCGUACACGAUUACCAGUCUCAAGCCCAUUCUGGAGGUCCAAGAAGCCGCUCCAGGAUCUGGCGCGCUGUGCGGCUCGACGUUCCUCAACAUGCGCUUUGCCAAAUUUCUUAAGGCUAAGCUGGGCAAGGAGGACGGAUUUGAUGACGAGAUCAUGGCCGAGGCUAUGGAACAGUUCGAAAAGAAGGUCAAGCGACAGUUCACGCUCGGUGCUGCUCCAGACGAUACCUACACCAUUCCAGUCGGUGGUCUGGCGAACAACAAAGAGCUAGGAAUCAACCGCGGUCGUUUUGCCUUGAAGGCAUCAGAUCUCCAAACCAUCUUCGAGCCCGUUGUUCUCGAGUGCAUCAAGCUUGUCAAAGACCAGAUUACAGCAAGCAACGUGCCAAUUCGUGCCAUUCUCCUUGUCGGCGGUUUUGGCGCAUCCAAUUAUCUCAAGGAGCGUUUGCGUAACGCUAUCGAUAAGAGCAUCCAGAUCAUGCAGCCACCCAAUGCUUGGCAGGCAGUUGUCCAAGGCGCCGUCAUGAAGGGUCUAGCUCAAGUAUCUCCCGACAAGCUUACGCAGGUCAAGGUGCAGAAUCGCAAGGCUAGGAAGCACUAUGGCACCGAGUGGCGAAGCAAGUACGAUGCCAAGCUUCACAAGCAUCUCGAACAGAAACGACACUGGUGUGGCCUAGAUGGGUGCUACAAAGUGUACACCAUGGAAUGGUUCAUCCAACGCGGCGAUAACGUCUCCGAAAACGAACCAUUCUACACGUCAUUCGUCUGGACCGGUCUAGUCAGCCAGGGUCGUAUCAAGAAGAUCAAGAUGGAUAUCUACGCAGAUCGCAACCAGAGGAUUGCGCCUGUUGCUCGGGAUGAAAAUGUUGCGAUGCUCGUCCAUGUCGAGGCUGAUGUCGGACACAUCCCUGAGCACAUGCUUUCCCGCCGCCAGGGGCUUGAUGGCCAAUGGUACUACGAGCUGAACUGUAAGAUCGAAGCCGUUUAUCUUUCGGCCUCGACCACGUACACAUUGCUCUACAACAAUCAACGGUACAACACAGUGACGGCAGAAUAUGUUUGAGAUCGUUAUGCUUUGGCUGCAGACGUAUGUAUUUGGGAGUGCGCCUUCGAUCUGGAUACGCGAGGACUUUGCCGCAGGAGAUUGGCGAGCACAUAUGAAGAGGUAAUAGUGUACAUAAUACAAAUAUUACGUGACGUUUUUAUUCCAGAA